AUGCUACUUUGUGGUGCUGAUGUCCUGGACUCCUUCGGGGUGUCGGGGCUGUGGAAGGCUCAGCAAAUUGCGGAGGUGGUCACCAACUUUGGACUGCAACAUCCACGUGGUGCAGGAGUGGGUGGCCAACGACGUGUCGGCCGCACUCAUCCGCCGCCCGCUGCGGUGUGGCCACAGUGUCCGGUACCUGCUGUGACGCAGGUACCGAAGAAAACAAAGGUGGUGCUGCUGUCUUGUGGCUCCUUCAAUCCAGUGACGAACAUGCACCUGCGCAUGUUUGAACUGGCACGGGAUCAGCUGGAGGACACGGGACGGUAUGAAGUGGUGAAGGGGAUCCUAUCACCAGUGGGCGAUGGCUACAUGAAGAAAGGCCUGAUCGAGGCCAGCCAUCGGGUGGAAAUGGCCAAGCUGGCGGUAGAGAGCUCCAGCUGGAUUGAGGUGGACAGCUGGGAGAGCAGGGAGGCCGAAUGGCUGGAGACAGUCAAAGUGCUGCAGUGAGCUCGCCCUAAGGGUGAAAGAAGGACCCCAACUUUUCAGCUAUGCGUCGCUACACCCCCUGUUGGCUGAACUGGUCUUUGACAUCUGCUCCCAGUCAUCACCGGCAGGAACUGAUCUCCCAGGAACCGGACACUGAUGUGGUAUGUAGGCACUGUAAAGCCUGGCAGGAAAAGAAAACGCAUGGAUGCCAGCGGUGCCACCAAGAGGAGGAAGCUCGAGGAGGCUGAAAUUGCACCUAAAAAAAAAGGGGUAAUAAUUAAAGCUUCCCCUUACAGUCCCCUUGCCUUUUUCCUGUAUUAUGCCGCUCCCCUUGAUGGCGUUGAAAUUAUCGGAACACUCGAAGAGACAUCCGACAUCCAUCCAUCCAUCCAUCCAUCCAUCCAUCCAUCCAUCCAUCCUUCUACCCACUUAUCCUGGCCUGGGACUGGUAUCCCAUCCUGGAUAUGCUCUUCUUUGCACCCUCUGCUGCCUGAAAUGGGUCCCCCCACCCAUACCAUGACUUUAGGGUGGGGAUUAGUGGUUUGCAAAGAUGGAAUUUGGAUUCUUGUUUGCUUUUUCCUGCCCCGAAAUGUAGUAGUUGGGUGUGAAUCUUCGCUCUUCUGCUGUCACACUCGGUUCAGUAACCUGAUUUCCCCCUGGGGAUCUGUGAACUGCAUCAUUUAAU